AUGAGGUCAGGAACCGGUCGAAAACGCCCCUCAGACGCCGACGAUCCCUGCCAAGCGACCCAUGGGGCCCGGAGACGGAUCAGCAGGGCCUGCGACCGGUGCCGUGCACAAAAAGCUAGAUGCGAUGGAGGAAAACCGUGCCUUCGCUGCGGGGACAACAUCCCUUGCGUCUAUCAGGAGAAGAAACAACUGCGACGGAAGUAUCCCGCUGGAUAUGUGGAUAUGUUAGAGGAACACCAGGCGUAUUUGAUCACCGGUUUGAGGAAGUUAUACGAAUGCAUUCAGCAGGAUGCCAAACUCCCAGAGGUCGAUCGCGAUGGCAAUAACCGACCGAUUGUGCACGAACUGCUCGAUAAACUGGGUAUCUUCGAAGAACCGAUCAAAGAGCAUAGGCCCUCAAUCACUGGAAGUGCAGCGGAGGCCGAGCCGUCUCUGGGCGGGCUUCAUGGAAACGAUAUCCUCGGUGGAGGGAUUGGGACAACCAGGUUGCCAGGGACGUCUGGGCCCUGGUCAUCCACUCAAGAGGUUAAACCCUCUCUUGCUUUGAAUUCGACUGCCGCGGCGAAUCUCCCUCGCGCUUUGACUCUACCAAAUCAUAUCCCUCUCAAUACUAGGAUGGCACAACUGCGGUUCUCCCGCUCGUGCCACGAUCAAGCCAGCCCAGUGGGACUCAAUCGCCAUCAACGACCGGUCGAUCUCAGCAAUGGAUUCUAUAGGUGGUCCUUUGACUUUUCCGACUUUUUGGCUGUCUCGAGUCGGGAAUGA